UGAAUGCAGGGUCUGGGGAGAGCGGAUAUAGUGAAUGCAGGGUCUGGGGAGAGCGGAUAUAGUGAAUGCAGGGUCCGGGAGAGAGCAGGUAUAGUGAAUGCAGGGUCCGGGGUGACCGGAUAUAGUGAAUGCAGGGUCCAGGGAGACCAGCGAUAUAGUGAAUGCAGGGUCCGGGGAGACCAGAUAUAGUGAAUGCAGGGGUCCGGGGAGACCGGAUAUAGUGAAUGCAGGGUCCGGGGUGACCGGAUAUAGUGAAUGCAGGGUCCGGGGUGACCGGAUAUAGUGAAUGCAGGGGUUCCGGGGAGACCGGAUAUAGUGAAUGCAGGGUCAGGGGAGACCAGAUAUAGUGAAUGCGGGGUCCGGGGUGACCGGAUAUAGUGAAUGCAGGGUCCGGGGUGACCGGAUAUAGUGAAUGCAGGAUCCGGGGAGA